UGUUUAUUUAGCUGAACAACCCACAAGCAGGUGGGAGAGGAGAACUCUUUGUGGAAACCAGAACUCUGUUCCUCUACGGAACAGCUCAGUCCUAUCCCUCUGGCCCGAACAGGGAAGCUGUCUUCCUUAUAAUCCCAGAUUAGAAAGAGAAAGGAAAAAACCCACAAGCUCUGGGAGCUUUCUUUAAUGUGAAUGUUAUCAGAAAGCAAAAGGCCAAGCCCUGACAUCUCUCUCCGCUUUCAAACACGGCUUUUGUUGACCCUGGUGACCACACGCAGCAGGACUGGAGUGUUCUCCGUGGGAUCCUUUGUUCCUCUGUGGGUGGGGUCUUACCUCCAGUUGGGUGGGGUCUCCUGGGUCCCACUGAUGGGUGCUCACUGCCCAGCCCGUGGGUCAGUGCAGCUGAGGGACGUGGCCGUGGCUCUGUCUGGACAUUGCCUUUGGGGUGCUCAUGUCCAGCACCUGUGAUCCCACCUCACGUCCUGCUGUCUCAGCCAGAGGUGUUCCCGUGUCCCUGUGGGGCACAGCUGGUUCUCCUCCUGCCUCCAGCCCCGUUCACUGAGGGGAAAAAUGACUUUUCCCCACCUUCCAGCAAUGCAGAUUCCAACCUGCUGUGAAAACUUUGCCUGCCAUUCCUCGUCCCUCGAGGUCUGUGCCUAUGAAGUGCAAAAUGAGGAGAGGCUCUAAAAGAUCCAUCGGGGGGGCAGUUCUGUGCCGAGGAGAGCACGAGGCAGUGGAGCAUCCCUUCAGAGCCCAGCAUGCAUCCAGGACAGCCUGCUCUGCCCGGGGGAGGCUCCUGCUCCCCUCCCAGAGCCGUGAGCUGGCUCCCAGACCAGGAGUGAUCGCAGUUAAUGAACCAUGUGCCCAGCACAGGAGCUGGCUCUGAAGUCCCUGGGGAAUGAGGGCCUGUUCCUCUUCUCCUCCCUGGACACAAACAAGGAUCUGUACCUGAGCCCCGAGGAGUUCAAACCCAUCGCUGAGAAGCUCACAGGGGUUGCUCCUGUCUCAGAGUCUGAAGAGGAGGAGACGCCGGAUCCAGAUGGGGAGACUUUGUCCGUUGUGGCCAAAUUCCAGCCCUUGGUCAUGGAAACAAUGACGAAGAGCAAGGAUGGCUUCUUGGGAAUUUCUCACGUGGCUCUGUCUGGGCUGAGGAACUGGACGGCCCCAGCAGCCCCCAUGAGUGUCCUGCUUGCCAGGCAGUUUAAAGCAUUUCUCCCUCCAAAGAACAAACUGGAUCUUGGGGAUCCCUGGUGGAUAAUUCCCAGUGAAUUGAACAUCUUCACUGGGUAUCUCUCCAACAACAGGUUUUACCCUCCACCUCCCAAGGGCAAAGAGGUCAUCAUCCACAAGCUGCUGAGCAUGUUCCACCCGCGGCCCUUCGUGAAGACGCGCUUUGCCCCGCAGGGAGCCGUGGCCUGCAUCCAGGCCAGCAGCAGCUUCUACUACACCAUAGCAUUCCGGAUCCACGCUGAAUUCCAGCUGAACGAGCCACCAAACUUCCCGUUCUGGUUUUCCCCGGGGCAGUUCACAGGUUACGUUGUCCUGUCCAAGGACUCUUCCCACGUCCGGGACUUCAGGCUCUUUGUUCCUAACAACAGGUCCCUGAACGUGGACAUGGAGUGGCUGUACGGGGCGAGCGAGAGCAGCAACAUGGAAGUGGACAUUGGAUACCUGCCUCAGAUGGAGCUGGAAUCCACAGGGCCUUCGGUCCCUGCCGUGAUCCACGACGAGGACGGGAACGUCAUCGACAGCAGGGACCCCUCGGGGGAGCCCAUCCAGUUCGUGUUCGAGGAGAUCACCUGGCAGCAGGAGAUGCCCUGGGAGGAGGCAGCCCACAGGCUGGAAGUGGCCAUGUAUCCAUUUAAGAAGAUCUCCUACCUGCCCUUCACAGAAGCUUUUGAGAGAGCAAAAGCAGAGAAGAAGCUGGUGCACUCCAUCCUGCUGUGGGGUGCCCUGGACGACCAGUCCUGCUGAGGUUCGGGGCGAACUCUCCGGGAGACCGUCCUGGAAAGUUCGCCCAUCCUCGCCCUGCUGAAUGAGAGCUUCAUUAGCAGCUGGUCCCUGGUGAAGGAGCUGGAGGAGCUGCAGAGCAACAGAGAGAAUGAGUUCUACAGCAAACUGGCCGAGCUGCACCUGGAGAAAUACAACUUCCCUGUGGAGAUGAUCAUCUGCCUCCCCAACGGCACGGUGAUUCACCAUAUCAAUGCCAACUAUUUCCUGGACAUUACUUCUAUGAAGCCUGAAGAUGUUGAAAGCAGCAUCUUUAGUUUCUCAACCAAUUUUGAAGACCCUUCAACUGCAACUUACCUGCAGUUCCUGAAGGAAGGGCUGCAGAGAGCAAAACCAUACCUGCAGUCCUAGAAACAGGCACCUGAAUGCCCCACUGAGAUGGCCAAGGACUUCAGAGAUCUGUUUUGAGUACAGCAGCUCCUCCUCCUCGUCAUGCCAGACGUUGGUGUUGAACUGCAGGCAGUCCCAGGACGGGGCUGUGCUCUGGGUCUUGGUUUGAGGCUGAGUUCCAGGUGGUACCAGUUUACACAACCUGCCCUUUUCCGUUCAGGCACAUUUUUACAGGAGGGAAAAUACUUGAAUACGUCCCCAGUGCACCUGCCUGGGUGUGCCACCCACCCUCAUUUCUCUGCAGCUCCUGCUGAGACUGGUGAAACUGGUGUAACCCCAGAAUUCCUGAUCUCCAGGACUGUUGCUGACUGUGGGGAGCAGCACUGCCAUUCCGACCGAACACUCGUGGUGAGAACAGAACCCAGCAGCCGUGGGCAGCCCCCUGCUCCCACCUCCGGCCAGCCUGGGGCCCAGUGGCAGCUCUGGACGUUGACAGUGACGAUCUGUGUGACGGGACUGCCAUGGGAAUGUGCAGCCAGGAGCUGGGGAUGAGCUCUGGAGCAGCCCCCAGCGCCCUGUGUGACCUGGUGGCCUCACUCAGGCGGGGUCUGUGCCCCUGAGGGAGAUGCUGAGGGUGGCACGGGGACAUCAGGAGAGGACAUGAGGGCAUUAAGGUUUGGUGCAGCUCAGAGGGGUCAGGUGAGAAGCAGUUUGAGAGCCCCCAGGAGCUCCCCCAGUGACCCCUAAAGGGCUAAAGGGCACAGCAGUGAGCAGUGUCCCACCCAUCCAUCCCAGGGCUCCUGCCCCAGCAGCCCUGGGAGCUUCUCCCAGGGUCCCCUUGGAGCUGGUGCUCUGUCCAUGUUUGCUUUGAGCUUCCAGGUCGUGCUGGGUGAGGAACUGUGAAGUUCCUUCUGGGAACUGCCCUGAGAGCAUCACCUGGGUGAGAACUGGGCAGUUCUAAAAGCCAGAAGUACAAAAGAUACUGUCAGGAAUUUUUUUCAAAGAGAUUGUUCAGACACAAAGCCAUUAUCCCUUAUCUGAAGCCACCCUGAGCAGUUGCUCCUACUCUGUGCCAACUCCUGGAUACAGAGUGAGCAUCAUUUUGUAAUUUGGAGAAGGAAAGGUUAAGUGAAACAGGUUUUAAGGCAUAUUCCUACAGACAUGUGAGGAGGCAAAGCAUCUUCAGUAGCUGCCUGCAGCCAGCCCUGGCUGGUGAUACUUUUUCUGCUCUCUGAAGCACAAUUUUGUUGGACCAAAUCAAAUUAAGGGAAAAGCCCUUUUUUUUUUUUUUUUUUUUUUUUUCUGACGAGGUAUUUUCAUUCCUGAGCUCCAGGUCCUGGGAGGAGCUUGGGGGUGGCAAUUACCCUGUCCCCACCCUGCCCCAGCCUUCCUGUCCAUACCUGAGCCUGGGCUUAGCUGGACCUCUGGGCUGAACCAGUGUCACUUCACUAAUUGCUCUAGUGAGGUUAAUUAAUUAGCCGGGGAUGUUUCUCAGUGUUGGCUUUGUAACUAUGCAUUAGCUCUGCGCUUCCUCACAGUCCAGUGUGACAGGCUGGGGUCUGGCCGUGCCAGAGCCUCCAGGCAGCGUUGGAGACAGAGCUCCUGUCCUCCCUCCGGGGAUUUUGAUCCCUUCAGGGCUGCAGCUCGGAGGAAGCCUUUGGGAUCCCACAAAAGUACCUGUUUAUUCCCUCAUGAACUCCCUGCAGCCUCCUCCGAGCGCUCCUGGGAGAGCCCGGGUGAAGGGGAUGAGGCUGGACAGUGGCAGAGGGAGCCCAAAAGCCACCCCCAAGCUGGAGCAGCCUGGGGGAUCCCGAG